AUGUCCUCUCAACCAAAGCCUGUUCCCAGCGCAUCCGUCCCCUUCAACACGUCCCUCCGCUCUCAACUGGGCUCCUUCACCGCCUCCUCACCCCUCGCCUCCGCCUCAAUCGCCCGCGACAUCGAAGAUGGCGCUUCAAGCCCGCACUCCUCUUCUAGCUCCUCAGACUCCGAGUCCACGGUCCGGCCCACCCAUCACGACCUCGCAGGCACCUACCGCCGCCCGAGUUUCAUCGCCGCGGGUCCGCGGCCCACCAUCGCGGCGCUCUCGCUGCCUGAGCAGGGGUAUUUGAGCAGGAGGGAACGGGAGGCGGUGAGGGUGGAGGAGAGGAGUUUGUUGCGGGACAACAACCUCAUUCCGCCGAAGCAUCCGCGGCGGGGGAGUGAGAGCUCGCGAGGCGCACGGGGCCCUGGGGCCGGAAAACGGCUUUCGGUGCCGGGCUUGAGGCGAUGGGUCGCGCAUCCUGAGGAGGAUGAGGAGGAAGAUGGGGCUGCUGAGAGCAGCGAUGCGGACAGGCAAGACGGUGCCGUGCCACGGGAGGCGGGGGAGACGAUGGCGUUGUUGGGAGGGGAUCCCACGCUGCCGUAUGGCGGGCAGGACUCGCGGGAGAUUAUUGAUAAGAAGUGGGAGGAGGCGGUUGCGGCGGGGCAGAUCCAUACGACGUGGCAGCGGGAGGCGAAGGUGCUGGCGAAGUACUCACGGAGUCUGAUCUUGACGUUCAUUCUGCAGUACAGCCUUACGGUCGCGAGUGUGUUCACGGUCGGGCACAUUGGGAAGGUGGAGCUGGGGGCAGUGAGUUUGGCGAGCAUGACGGCCAAUAUUACAGGCUACGCCGUCUACCAAGGCCUUGCAACCAGCCUCGACACCCUCUGCGCGCAAGCUUACGGCUCCGGCCGCAAAAAACUUGUAGGCCUGCAGCUGCAGCGCAUGGUGUACUUCUUGUGGUGCUGCACGAUCCCCGUCGGCGUGAUCUGGCUCAGCGGGACCGCGAUUUUGAACGCCAUCGUGCCAGAGCCCGAGACCGCCGUGCUAGCCGGACUGUACCUGAAGGUGAUCCUGGCGGGGGCGCCGGGCUAUGCGGCGUUCGAGUGCGGGAAGCGGUUCGUGCAGGCGCAGGGGAUGUUCUCGGCGACGCUGUAUGUGCUACUGAUCUGCGCGCCGCUGAACGCGUUUAUGAACUGGUUGUUCGUCUGGCAAUUUAAAUGGGGCUUCAUCGGCGCUCCUAUCGCCGUCGCCCUAACCGACACUCUCCUGCCCAUCUUCCUCUUCCUCUACGUGUACCUGAUCGCCGGCCGUGAGUGCUGGGGCGGCUUCACCUGGCGCGCCUUCCGCAACUGGGGUCCUAUGAUCCGGCUCGCGCUCCCGGGACUCGUCAUGGUCGAGGCCGAGUUCCUCGCCUUUGAGAUCCUGACGUUGAGCGCGAGUUGGAUGAGCACCACACACCUGGCCGCGCAGUCGGUCGUCGCGACGGUAACUGCCCUGACGUACCAGGUCCCGUUCCCAGUCAGUAUCGCGGCGAGCACGCGGAUCGCGAAUCUGAUUGGCGCGACGCUGGCUGAUGCGGCGAAGAUGGCGGCGAAGGUCGCGAUGGUCGCGGCGGUCUUCAUAGGACUGCUGAACAUGAUCUUGCUGUCGAGCCUCAGGAACUGGAUCCCGCAGCUGUUUACAGGCGACGAGGGCGUGAUUCGCCUGGUUGCAAGCGUUCUGCCGCUGUGUGCGGCGUUUCAGCUGUUUGACUCCCUCACGGCCAACUGCAAUGGCAUCCUGAGGGGGCUGGGGAGGCAGGAGAUUGGUGGAUAUAUCAACCUUUUUGCGUAUUAUGCGGUGGCUAUGCCGAUUAGCUUUGGCACGGGAUUUGGGCUUGGGUGGGGACUGCAUGGGCUAUGGGCGGGUCCUGCUAUCGCAUUGGCGCUGGUGGCGGCGCUCGAGGUAUGGCAUAAGAACCGGCUCUUGAGCACUUUCGUGUAUCUUGAAGAGAACUUUAGCCAUUUCAGCGAAGACGCCUUGGACAUUUCCGAGUGCCUGCAAUGGAAACAUUUGAAGCUCGACUAG